CGGCGGUGAAGUGAAAUUGUUCAUCGCAAAACGGAGUCUCAGCGACUAGAAACGGCAGGCAGCUAGAAUUGAGCUUGAUUACCGACACAAUGAGUCACACUUAUAGCGUCGUGGUGUUCUUUGUUGGAAUGGAUACAACUUGCGGCUUCUAAGGGUGCGAACCAGGCAGCCGCGCUAAUUCUCCAUCUUGACUUUGAGUUGAAAAUGCAUUGGCUCAUUACCCUGCUGGUUCUAGAGUCAUAAGCUGUCAGCUAGCUAGAGCUGAAGCUGCUUAGAUAGGGACAUAAGUCAGCCCAGCUCUAAGCGGCGAGUGUCAGUAGUCACGAAUAUAAAAGAGCUACGGCCUCACUGCUCCCAAUGCUAGAUCUCUCCGUGAACUCGACAUGGCAGCACCAAUCCCUUCAUACACAAGGGUGACACACUCAUCCACCUAUGCUGCCAUCAAUCCUAGCCAACCGAAUCUCUCAACGGCUGGAAAGGUCGUUGUGAUAACCGGCGCAUCGGGGGGGAUCGGUCGGGGAACUUCUUCAUCUUUCGCUGCCUCGGGACCGCGUGCGCUCAUUCUUCUAGGCCGCCGCGCUGAUGUCCUCGACGAAACCGCCAAGUCUGUGAGGGGAGCAUUUCCAGACCUAGCAGUCCAGACUCAUCAAGUCGACCUAUGCGAUACAGCAGGUCUGCGUGGCGUCUUCAACGGCGUGGCUUCCGAGUUCGGUGGCAUCGACAUCCUUGUUCAUUGUGCUGGAGUGCUAGCUCCCGUUGUUCCCCUCCUCCAAGCAGACCCGGCAUUAUUCCUCGACGGCUACAAGACGACUGUUGUUGGCACCUUAAAUGUAGCGCAAGCUGUCACGUUGGCCAACAAGGAUUCCAGGGAGAUCACUUUCAUCAAUCUCACCACGGCCGGUAUCCUCUUCCCUCCAUUUAACGGCAUGGGUGCCUACGUGAGCAGCAAAAUGGCGGCCGUCAAAUUGCUACAGUCUUUCGCUACCGAGAACCCGCAUGUGCGCCUUCACAAUGUGCAUCCCGGGUUCCUCGAUACGUCAAUGUCAACACAGCUAGGCAAAUCGAUUAAAUUGCCCUUCAGCUUUGAUGAUUUGUCUCUACCGGCGGAUUUCCUUGUCUGGAUUGCCUCGCCUGAAGCAAAUUUCCUCCGAGGCAAGCUAGUUUUCUCUGCGUGGGACGUGGAUGAGCUGAAAAGCCGAGAAAAGGAGAUUGUCGGCGGGCCACCAGGAACUGGCGAGCUUUGGCUGGGUUUCCAGGGAUUCCCACGAUACAUCGGGGAUCAGCUCUUGUCUGGCGCCUAAGUAGUAGUAUUGAUAUGAUGCAAAUCAACUAGAAUUUCGGAUGUACACAUACG